AUGCUCAGCUUUCUUUCCCCCAAACGUGCUGGCGCCAUCCGAGUUUGGCGCAAUGGUGCGUUUUGUGUGGGACCCAACUAUAUUUUCGCAGCUUCAUGUUUUCUUUCCAUUAUCGCUGUGUCUACUGCUUCUAUCGCGCUUAACAAUAUGCUGAUGUUACGAAUUUUGUGUGGUACCUCAGCCUUUCUGUCUCUAGGAUUCAUGUGGCUCUGCUCCACAUCAGAUCCGGGAAUUUGCCCAUGGCGUACUCGUGAGGAAAUGGAGCGCGAUACAAAGAAUGGGGUGUCAAAAGGAAAGGAUGCGGAACUCGUUACGUUUAUUAAUAAAAAUGGUGAGGAAGAAAGCGCCUUGCUGCGUUGCAAAUGGUGCUAUACCUGUAAUCAGUUUCGGCCUCUACGUGCAGUUCACUGUAGUUACUGCGGCGUUUGCAUCUUACGACGCGAUCAUCAUUGUCCUUGGGUUGGUACAUGCGUAGGGGAGCGCAACUACCGCUUCUAUUGGUUCUUUUUGUGGUCUGUGACCUGCCUUUCCUUAACAGUUUUAGUCAGUGGGGUUUGGGGGAUCGCAAUUCGGGUUGCGCGACUCUGUGGCACCGUGUUCUGCACCGAGAAGAGCAUGUUUGUUUCAGCAUUUGGGGAAACGCACUACAUUGAACCAACAAUUUCAUUAGUUGCUCUCAUUUCGUGCGCUUUUGUAGCACCAUUGGCGGUGUACCAUGCGAUGCUGGUAACAAAGAACAUGACCACUGGCGAGGAACUGAACUGUGAUGGCGUUUCGGUGCACUACUUCAGCCGUGGUGGGUGUGUGGCUAACGUAAAAGCCUCACUUUGUUCUCCUAUCCCACCGUCGAUUUUCCAGGAAGGUGUUAGCAGUUUAACGCCACUCGCUACGGCCGUCGUGAUGGUUGAAGAGGCGGAGGUGUGA